UUGACACAUUUGGUGGUGUUCGUGUAAAAAUGGCGAACAUAGCUAAGACUCAUGAAGAUAUUGAAGCACAGAUUAAAGAGAUUCAAUCUCGCAAGAAAAAUUUAAAUGAAGAAGAUGGCAACACAGACAAAUCAGGAGUUGGACUUGGAGAAAGUGGAUUUUAUGAUCGGGACAUCUAUGGUGUUGGUAGCAAAUUUGAGGGAUACGUGACUUCCAUUGCAGCCAAUGAUGAAGUUGAUGAUGAUGAUUUCGAGCCAGCAUCCUUCUCUAACCAGAAGCGAGCUGGCUACACUGCUCCAGCUGCUCUUCUUAAUGAUGUUGCUCAGAGUGAGAAGGACUACGAUCCUUUUGCAGAUAGGAGGCGUCCCAAGAUUGCAGAAAAAGAAGAUGAAUACAGACAAAUGAGGAGGCGAAUGAUCAUCUCUCCCGAGCGAACUGAUCCAUUUGCUGAAGGUGGGAAGACCCCAGAUAUCGGGUCUAGAACGUAUACUGAAAUUAUGAAAGAACAAAUUCUGAGAGGAGAAGAAAAUGAGAUUAGGCGGAAAAUGGUGGAAAAAGCCAAAGAAGGUACUCUCAAACCUGUAACUACAACUAACGGUGAGGUAAAAGCAAAAAAGAGAGGUCGUUGGGACCAGACUGUUGACACCGAUGCUUCAGCACCUAAGAAGAAAGCUGCUGAUGCAACGUGGGAGAAAGAUGAGGAAGCAACACCAGCCGCUGCACGCUGGGAGGAGACUCCAGGUCAUGCAAAAGGUUCCGAGACUCCCGGUGCUACUCCAAGCACCAGGGUUUGGGACGCUACACCUGGUCAUGCCACACCAGGCCAUGCCACUCCAGGAAGAGAAACUCCUGCCACACAAGCCUCUCGGAGAAAUAGAUGGGAUGAAACUCCCAAAACUGAAAGAGAGACUCCCGGUCACAGUGGUUGGGCUGAAACACCGAGAACUGAUAGGACUGGAGGUGCAGAUUUAAUUCAAGAUACUCCUACUCCUAGUGCCAGUAAGAGAAGAUCUCGAUGGGAUGAAACUCCAUCAGCUACCCCUGCAGGUGGUAUGACACCUCAGACACCAGCCGCGGUCACUACACCACUGAUUGCUCCAAGUGUGACACCAACCGGCCAAAAGGCCAUGGCUAUGGCCACUCCUACACCGGGUCAUUUAAUGACGAUGACACCUGAGCAACUGCAGGCCUAUAGGUGGGAAAGAGAAAUUGAUGAGAGGAACAGGCCAUUGACAGAUGAUGAGUUAGAAUCCAUGUUUCCCCCUGGCUACAAGAUCCUCAACCCCCCUGCUGGCUACAUUCCAAUAAGAACACCAGGAAGAAAACUAACUGCAACACCGACACCUAUAGCUGGCACCCCACAGGGAUUUUUCAUUCAGCAAGAAGACAAAGGCGCUAAGUUUGUUGACAAUCAGCCAAAGGGGAAUUUACCUUUCUUGAAACCAGAAGAUGCUCAAUACUUUGACAAGUUGCUUGUUGAUGUUGAUGAGGAAACACUCUCCCCUGAGGAGCAAAAAGAGCGUAAAAUCAUGAGACUUUUGCUCAAGAUCAAAAAUGGUACACCGCCAAUGAGGAAGGCUGCCUUAAGACAGAUCACUGACAAAGCAAGGGAAUUUGGAGCUGGCCCCUUGUUCAAUCAAAUCUUGCCUUUGCUUAUGUCUCCUACUCUUGAAGAUCAGGAACGUCACUUAUUAGUCAAAGUUAUUGACAGAAUUUUGUACAAACUUGAUGAUUUAGUUCGUCCUUACGUCCACAAGAUCCUUGUAGUUAUUGAACCUCUGUUAAUUGAUGAAGAUUACUAUGCUCGUGUUGAAGGCCGAGAAAUCAUUUCUAAUCUGGCCAAAGCUGCUGGUCUUGCGACUAUGAUCUCCACCAUGAGACCUGAUAUAGACAACAUUGAUGAGUACGUCAGAAACACUACGGCUAGGGCUUUUGCAGUCGUUGCUUCAGCUCUUGGCAUACCUUCCCUAUUACCUUUUCUAAAGGCUGUUUGCCGUAGCAAGAAGUCAUGGCAGGCUAGACAUACAGGUAUUAAGAUUGUACAGCAAAUAGCCAUAUUAAUGGGUUGUGCUAUUCUACCCCAUUUAAAAAGUUUGGUUGAAAUUAUUGAACAUGGCCUCGUUGAUGAACAGCAAAAAGUACGGACUAUAACAGCUCUUGCUAUGGCUGCCCUUGCCGAAGCUGCUACUCCAUACGGUAUCGAAAGUUUUGACUCUGUUCUGAAACCACUGUGGAAAGGUAUUAGGACACAUCGUGGUAAAGGUUUGGCUGCCUUCUUAAAGGCCAUUGGUUACCUCAUACCCUUGAUGGAUGCUGAAUAUGCCAAUUAUUAUACUAGGGAAGUGAUGUUGAUUUUGAUUCGAGAGUUUCAGUCUCCUGAUGAAGAAAUGAAAAAAAUUGUAUUGAAAGUAGUAAAACAGUGUUGUGGUACUGAUGGUGUUGAAUCUCAGUACAUCAAAGAUGAAAUUUUACCACAUUUCUUCAAACAUUUCUGGAACCAUAGAAUGGCCUUGGAUAGGAGAAAUUAUCGACAGUUGGUUGACACGACCGUUGAAAUAGCUAACAAAGUAGGAGCUAGUGAGAUCAUUAACAGAGUUGUAGAUGACUUAAAAGAUGAGAAUGAACAGUACCGGAAGAUGGUGAUGGAAAGUAUUGAGAAGACCAUGGGAAACCUAGGAGCUGCUGACAUUGACAGUAGAUUGGAAGAACAACUGAUUGACGGUAUACUCUAUGCAUUCCAGGAACAGACUACUGAGGACGUUGUGAUGUUGAAUGGUUUUGGUACAAUAGUUAACCAGCUUGGCAAGAGGGUGAAGCCUUAUUUGCCUCAGAUCUGUGGUACAAUUUUGUGGAGGUUAAAUAAUAAGUCAGCCAAAGUAAGACAGCAAGCUGCAGAUUUGAUCUCGAGAAUUGCUGUUGUUAUGAAGACCUGCCAAGAAGAAAAACUCAUGGGUCAUUUAGGCAUUGUGUUGUAUGAAUAUCUUGGUGAGGAAUACCCUGAAGUAUUAGGAAGUAUAUUAGGUGCACUUAAGGCCAUCGUCAAUGUUAUUGGUAUGACAAAGAUGACUCCACCCAUCAAAGAUCUACUGCCUAGGCUAACUCCUAUAUUAAAGAACAGACAUGAAAAGGUACAAGAGAACUGCAUUGACCUAGUUGGUAGGAUAGCAGACAGAGGCCCUGAGUACGUAUCUGCCAGGGAGUGGAUGAGAAUUUGCUUUGAACUGUUAGAAUUGCUCAAAGCACACAAGAAAGCCAUCAGGAGAGCGACAGUCAACACCUUCGGCUACAUUGCCAAAGCUAUUGGUCCCCAUGAUGUACUCGCAACACUGCUAAACAACCUAAAAGUGCAGGAGAGGCAAAACAGAGUGUGUACGACGGUCGCUAUUGCCAUUGUUGCUGAGACUUGUUCCCCCUUUACCGUCCUUCCUGCGCUGAUGAAUGAAUACAGGGUACCAGAGCUGAAUGUGCAAAAUGGUGUACUGAAAUCUCUCUCUUUUCUCUUUGAAUAUAUUGGAGAAAUGGGGAAGGAUUACAUAUAUGCUGUUACUCCAUUGCUGGAGGAUGCCCUCAUGGACAGAGAUCUAGUUCACCGGCAGACUGCGUGUGCUGCCAUCAAGCAUAUGGCACUUGGAGUAUAUGGCUUCGGCUGUGAGGAUGCCCUUCUCCACCUCCUCAACCAUGUCUGGCCAAAUAUCUUUGAAACAUCCCCUCACUUGGUACAAGCAUUCAUGGAUGCCGUUGAAGGCCUUAGAGUUGCUCUGGGCCCAAUCAAAAUUUUGCAAUAUACCCUUCAGGGGCUGUUCCAUCCUGCAAGGAAAGUUAGAGAUGUAUAUUGGAAAAUAUACAACUCUCUUUACAUCGGUGGCCAAGAUGCUCUCGUUGCCGGAUAUCCCAGAAUACAUAACGAUCCCAAGAACCAAUACUUGAGAUAUGAGUUGGACUACAUUCUUUAAAACAAUUUAUUUAGUACAAAUGUGGAAACCACUCUCUACUUUCUUUUUAUUGAUUUAUUACUCAUGAAAUAGUCUUACUCUAUUGAUGAUGAUUUUUAUUUCAAAGAUAUGAAGCAAUAUAUAUAUGUUACGUUAAAACAUUUAUACUAAUGGAACUGAUUAUGUUAGUCCAAUUUUUGUUAAAUAAUAUGUUUUAAUUAAUAAUAAUAAUUUAACUUAAACUGUC